AUGGAGAGAGUGUGUGUGGCCUCAAAGCAAGUCUGCAGAAGCUCCCUUGUUGAUGGCUUGCUGGCUUGUUUGAUGCUUUGCAUGUCUUUCUCCCUCCCAAAGAGAGAAAAAAACCCUCUUCUUUCCGUCCAAGCUUUCCAUGACUUCAACCUCUUGGGCCAGAGUGUGCUGGGAGCAGGAUGGACACAGGCUGCUGCAGUUCAAAGAACAGAGGAUAGAGAGAGAAAGAGAGAAAGAGGAAGUGUGUGGCAUGUGAGUGUAUAUGUUCACCAUGGAACCCUCCGGCUCACAGCAUCGGCGGAAUGUGUCUGUAAAAGACCAAAUACCCGUUCUCCAACUCCAGCCGCCGCAUCUGGGAAUCGAGACUCCAAGACCAGUUCAUUGCCAUUCCACCCUGCAAGAGACUUAAUUGCAUCACCCAAGGAUAGCUCACAUAUCCAAGUGACCCAGAACUUCUCCUUCCUGCGCCAGCCUGAGAUAUUUCACCCUCUCUCGCAGUUGGAAAUACCCCUACCCUUCCGUUCAGAGUUCCCAAGCUUGCUGCCCGGUCAGCCGUUGGAAUCGGCACUACAACAGCUUGAUGACUUAUGCAAAAAAGGCCAUUACCUUCCCGCAGCACAUUUUGCCGCUACGAUCCUAACCUCCAGCCUGAUAACUUCCACUGACUAUUCCGCGAUAUUUUCCCUCUUGUAUACUCGCCUAACCUGUCUUCUGCUUACGGGAAAUACUCUCCUAGCAGCAGAGGAAUCAAAAGCCCUGCAAGAUUUGAAUUCUUCAUUCUACUAUGUAGACGUCAAACCUGAUCUUCCAAAGGAGGACGGCAGCUCCCAGGAACCCCCGGAAAGAGCUCACCUUGCUCCCUGGCCUCUUCGUGUUAUUGCCGUAAGACUGCAGAGUAUUGGGUUUAGUGAUACCAGGAGAGGUAUAUCUGGACUUUAUGACCUUGGAUUAGAAGCUAGGAGACAUAUCAUACGUCCUGAUGUCGGGGCUGAGGAAAAAGCACUGUGGAAAGCCAGACUUGGUGAUCUAGGUAUCCGUGUUGUUAACGCCUUGGUUGAAAUGGGUGACUUGGAGGCUGCCCGCCGGUCUCUGGCUACCAACAUCGUUGAGCCGUUACUAAAGAUGGCCGAGGGUAAAUUCGAUGAAGCUGUCACUGGUUGGAACGACCUUCUAAAAACCUACAGUGGCACGGAUGACGAGGUUCUCAUCAAGCAGAACCUUGCAGUCUGCCUUUUGUAUGUUGGGGAUCUAAAACAGUCACGCGAAAUCCUGGAGUCGCUUGUUGAUGACCACAACUCUUUCCAAAGCCUCACGUUCAAUCUAGCCACCGUGUACGAACUUUGCUCGGAGAAUUCAGGGGCCCUCAAGGCAGCAUUGGCAGAGCGGGUGGCCGAACAUCCCCAAUCAGAGCAUCGCAACUGGGAAAUACCAAAUGGGGCCUUUAAGAUCUAA